GUUCGCGUCGUCCACUCGGCGCAAGAAAUAGUCGAAGCAAGGGGACGACGGACUCCCAACCACCCCGCCUCGGCUGCCACCGUUCCCUUGACCCACGAUCGCCGGCUUCCUUCUCCCUUUCCCGGGCAGUUGCAUCGCGGCGCCUCGCCUCCACAAGCCACGCCACGCCCCGCCCCGCCCCGCCCGGCUGCGGCUUCCCGACUCGUGGACCCCCGCCCGCUACGACCGCUGCCGCCUCAUCGUUGAUCGAUGGCCGUCUCGCAGCUUUAUGGGUCUGGAUUGGCGGCGAAAUGGAGCGUGCGAUCCUUGGAGGGGCUUCGCCCUUUGCCGUUGUGGCCUAGGGUUGCUUCUUCUGGUUCCCCAGAUCUCAAAAGCAACUACUUCAAAGUCCCUGCCAUUAGGGUUUCCAACAUCAGUGGCAGAAAGCUUACAGUCUCUAUGGGCCUUAAUGGAAGUAGUCCUAGAAGCAGUCUUGUCGCCAAUGCUGCUACUAGAUAUGCGGAGGAUAAGCCAGAUCAAGCUGAUGAACCUCUUAAAACUAAUCCAACUGUGAAAUCCAUCAAUGAGAAAUUGGAUAUGGACGCGCACGUCCAAGAGGAGGCUGUAGUCCCAACCAAAAGAAGUGCAAAAAUACAUGAUUUUUGCUUCGGAAUCCCCUUUGGUGGGCUUCUAUUUGCUGGAGGACUGGUUGGGUUUAUUUUCUCUAGAAAUGCCACAGCCAUGAUUUAUGGUGGUGCUAUAUUGGCACUGAGUGUACUUAGCCUAAAGGUUUGGAGGACUGGAAGAUCCAGCUUACCAUUUAUUUUGGGUCAAGCAGCCUUUUCUGCUGCGCUUCUCUGGAAGCUUCUGCAGGCAUACUCAUUGUCAAAGAAAGUCUUUCCUACAGGGUUAUAUAUUUUCUUAAGUGCUGCAAUGAUUUGCUUUUACUCUUAUGUGCUAAUCUCUGGAGGAAACCCACCACCUAAGAAGCUGGCGGCAGCUCCCCCAUCAUAACCAUCUGAAUUCAUACAGAAGACUUUCUCUAAGCAAUAUAGUGUUUACGAUCUCUUCUUUCGAGGUGUGUUUAUGGUGUAGAAACUGAUAAUGGGGUUCUUUUAAUUUUGAUGAAGGCUGUAACAUGAAGUGUGAAGCAUGUCUUCAACAUAGUGCCUCGCACGAGGUAGUUGCCUUUGACAGAUAAGAAUGUAUCUCAGGAUAAUUGUCUUAAACUAAACGUGAGAUUGUGUGUUCUUUCCA